UGGCAGAAAUGGAUUGACAUGACAACUUUGUCUGCGAUUUGAUUUUCGUAAUUUAUUUUUGGGUACAAUACAUUAGUACUGCCUUUGUACUUUUUAUGUCCCUUGGAUUAAUGAAUACGGUUUAAAUCAACUAAAAAAGUGUAGUGGUAUAUUUAAAACAAGAAACUGUUUUGCUAAAAAUGUUGCAACUUCUCGAAAAAUAGCUUUGGUAUGAUAACAAAAGAUAUAAAAGUUGAGUGUUGUCUUGUUGUAUUAUCUUUUUCAUUACUUGUGUUCCAUUGAGACUAACAAGACAUGAAAGUAAGAAGCCGUCAAUAUCUGGGUAUGUAUACGUAACUGUACAGAAUCGGGAAUUUUAGGAUUGUGACGUCACGAAGUCUGCGUGAUUUAUUUACAGUGUACACAGCAUUAAAAUGUUAACUUGUUGUUGCAAGUAAGCGUAAUAUCAUUAUCUAUCGUCUGGUACGGAUACACGAAGCAGUAUAGCGGUGGGCUCCCGCUAGGAUGGGCGGCGAUGUCUGCCCCCUCCGAGAGUGCUACGAGCCCCUCACCGUGUGCAUGCACUAAUAUAUCGCUUAUGCAAUUGUUCCAUGAGCUAAAGCAGAAGUUUCCCGGCGUCCCUGAUCAUGUUGUGUCAAACACUAUUGAACUUUACUGCCACGAUAAACAAGCUUGUGAGACCCACUUGCAUAAAGAAAUCAAGGCCUCCCUAACGCAUGCAUACCAUGCAUCCUCGUCGGCAGCAGCGCGUCAGCUCAACGAACUCAAACUUAACCCACCUGGAAAGUGUCGCAAUCAGUCUAUAACCAAGCAUGAGAUUGCCAAGUCUUCAGCAAUAAAGUCUGUCAUUUGCCAAGGACCUCAGACUGCUAUAUUAAGCUCACCUAUUAUAAAUGAUAGUGACAAGAAACUAAACACUGAUGCAAAUCAAAAUCUUGUUGAAGAAAUAAAAGAAAAGGAACAGGAGACUAACAACAACUCAACACCUGUAACAGUCAUCAAUUUAGACAAUUGUUCGGUGAAAUAUAAUGCUGAUACUCCUAGUGACAUUGAAUUAACAAAUGAGAAUGUUAUAGAACAAGUAAAUGCACCAGUUUUUCCAACUCCACUGGAGAAGAUUAUCAAUUUGGAACAGCCAGAAAGUGCAGGUUACAGGAUUCUAAAAAGCAAUAAAAUUAAAAGUAAUUUAAACGAAAAGCUAGAAAAAGGGAAAGAGAAGAAAACAUUUAAAAAGGAGGAAUCAAUACCUGUUACACAGGAAAAGUCUACAGAAGUAUCACAAGAGAAAACUACUGAAGUGUCUCCAGAAAAACCAAAACGGCCCAACACACUAGAUUUUGUUAAACCAAAUCCAGAUAUUGCAUUUAAACAGACAUUGAAGGAACCAGAAGUAGAGCCAAAUAGAACUGUAUCACCCAUACCAACUAAACAUGAGAAUCAAGCUAAAGACACCAACACACCAAAUUCACAAUACAGGAUUGAAAGAGGGUAUCCUCUGAAUUUAUCAGUUAAUGUUAACUGUCAUAUGGACUUGAGUCGUUUUGAGAAUCCAUGGUUUGAAGAUUACGAUAAUCAAAGAGCUAUAACUUCGGUAAAUUUGACUGUUUGUACACCAACUUCGAGUAUGGCUAGUCCGGCAAGAGAGGCGGGGGAUGAGGACGGAGGUUUCGAGGGGCAUGUGACAGUGACAGUGAGCCCGAGUACGGCAAGAGCCCCUAGACGUAGGGCUCCGCCACCACCGAGCCAGCAGUCGCGGAUUGACUCGCCGAGGCCUGCCAGGGCCGCUCCAGAGCCACCGGGAUCAUCAAAUAUACGUUCCCUGAUCGAGCGGCAGAAGGAGCGGCGCGAUCGUCUCGCGAAGGCUCUAGAAGAGGAAAAGAGACGGCUAGCGCAGCUGACGCGGGAGACGGAGAUCCUUGCCGCGCCUCCGCCCCCGCCGUCCGCGGCACAGAGCCUCAAGGAAUACGUGGAGAGAUUGAGGAGUCAAUGCGACACGUUGGCAAAGAGGCUAGAAAUGAGGGGCAAUGAGCCCGACGAGCCGGACAACUUCUACAGCAACAUCUACACGGGGCAGCGGCCAUCGGCGUACUGGCAGUGCCACAUGUGCACGUUCAGGAAUUUCCCCCUCCUCAACCGCUGUGAGGAGUGCGACAUGCCGCGCAUAUACGUAGGUACGUCCCAACAGCCCCCCCCGCAGCGGGAGGGCUCAGUGAACUCCCGCCAGAGUGACUCCCCCCUAGUCGAGACCUACCAAGCCAUGUCCCGGCUAAACGUUUGAAGUUCCUGUGUGUGUGAAACAGUGUUUUUGAGGCUAAUUUUUGAUGACUUGUGUUGUGCUUCUAACCUAAGCAUGGUGGCAUGCCGAAUUAACUUUGGAAAGUUCUAUCGUUGUCGUGAAAUCGGACUAAUUUUUUUUUUUAAAGACAAUUGGAACUGUGCAAACAUAUCCUUUUUGAGAUUUUAUAUUGUGAGCAGUUAAGUGUAUUUUUGCAUGUGUGUUCUUCGAUCUACAUAUGAGAAUGUAUAUAUUGGGACAAAUAAAUCAGGUCGCUUGCCCUUGCUGGCUGUGGUUUGAUGUAAAAUGAUUUUUCGGACAUUUACCUGCGGCCUGAUGAUUCUGUCUAUUAUUUGUUUUUAACAACUUUUCCCACAUGUUCUCUUUUUAAUCUAAAUUAAAAUUAGUUAGUAGCAAUUGUUCAAUAAAACAGCAGAUGUUAUAUUUUAAUAUGCAGAGCAAACUCAUAAAAUUUCGCCGAUAUGCUUUUAAAAUAAUCACCUACAACAAGAUUAAAGAAAAUACACUUUGUUCUAAAUUUAUAGUUAUUGCAAGUUACCGGUGUCCAGCUACUUCUAUCUUAAUAAACCCACCGCCUAUAAAUUGUAUGAACUGGUUACAGAAUAUGAAUAAAAGCUGGGUUGCUCCCACUAGAUGUCAGCACUUGAGCAGGUUCAUUAAAGCAUUGCCAUUGGUUUAAGAUUUUUCUCUCAUUUCUAUAUUCUAACUUAACCAAGACAUCGGUACAUCAGCCAAUUUUAUGUUUCAAGGAGAAAAAAAGUAUCGGAAUUGAUCACAAUUUGAAAGAGAAAAACUUUACAGAAAAAAUAUAUAUCAACGCACAGACUAAUUUAGAACAAAGGGCACCAAAUUAUCUGAUUGUUUUUUUGAAUAAUUGCUACUAAUACCAACAGUGUAUAUGUAUAUAAUGUUUCUCUUAAGGCUAUAAAAAUACGUUAUAUGAUUGAGAUUUUAAAUAAUUAUUGUUAGAGUUUAUUGUAAAAACGUAGGUAUUUAUUGUUUAAAAUUUUAGGUCUUAGCUAAUGUUAUUUUAGAAUCGACGGCCUAAGUGAUUAUUACUACAACAAUAAAUUAGAUUUUCAAAGCGGUUUCAAAAAUAUUUGAAAUAAGUACUCUUAUUUACGGAACAUCCACGACAUCGAAUAACUUUAACCCCACCUUUAAAUACUUAAAAUACAUAUUAGCUUGUGAAUCUUAAUACUUUAUUACCAUAAAACCAAUAAAUAUUUGGUGUGAAUGAAAGGUAACUAAAAUCCCAUGAGAAAUCAUGGCGUGAUUCACUUAAAUAUUUUAAUACAUCCAAUUUACCCAUACGCGUGGUAACCAAAAAAAGAAAGGUAGGUUUAGAAUUAUUCCGCAACAUGAAUUUAUAAAUACAAUGGGCAGCAUAGAGUAAAAAAGCGAGACACAAUGAAUUUCAUGCUACAGUAUACGCAAUCUACUACGUUUUUAUCCUGUGUUGCAAAUUGUGAACAGUCCUAGAAGAGCCCUAGGCUUUAAGUCCGCCUUUUUAUUUAAUUAGUUUUGAAAAUAAAAAAAAAUAUUGCCAAUUUUAGUGAUCGACGGAGUAAGGGUGGCAAUACAUUAGCGUGCGUCUGGGAAAGGAGAGUUAACGGGUUAAUAAAGAACAUUCUUCGUAAUUUACGUCUGUAUUUAACCUUUUAUACGGUUCAGAGAUGCAUUAAAUGCAUGCAAGCAAAAUAAAUUUAAUAUUUUAAUUCCGGCCUUUUGUCAAGACCACAGCCAAAGCUUCGGCAAAUAGAAAAGUAUAUCCGCGUUAAAACCUGUAUUAUUUGCAAUGAAUUUACAAAAGUCUCUUUACGUGGUAGACAGAGUCAACAGUUUCGAAGGCUUGAAUUUAAGGAGGCAUUAAAUAAGCCUUGGUCGUCGAUUCUAAAAGUACCUAUGCUUUGACCGUUAGGCGAUUCUACAUCACUCGUUGACUGGUCAUACACGGGGCAUCACAAGAUCUCAGAAUAAAGACUAAUUGCGCCUUGCCAAAAAAUAUAUCUUUUCAAAUUAUUUAUUCAAUUGUUGGAUUAGGGAACACGGUAAACUGUUGAUUGCUCAAGAAAUGCUCAUGUGAUCAAUAAAAAUUAAAAAAAAUAAACACUACAUUUAAAUUCACAAUUUGUUCCUGUGAUUAAUUUCGAUAGCAAGUUACUGUUCAUCACAGGGAUUUUUACUUAUAAGAUAAUAUUUUUAAAUUAAAAUACAAGAUGUAAAAGUGAGCCAUUGAACACGAAAAUAGUUAGAUCUUAUUUAUUAAAAAAAAAACCAUUUAAUGCGUAGGCUUCAUAAAUAUUUUUAAGAACAUUUCGCUAGCCACAUCACAGAUAGAACUGUAAAUUUUAUGAAGAAUUUACGUACUUUUAAUUUAAAUUGCCAUUAUUUACUUCACUAGUAUGUACUUAAUGCUACUUUAUUUGUAAGUACUUAAUAUGUUACUAGAAAGUGGUUACAAUUGGUUAAGGCCCGAGUACACCAAAAGCAGGUCAGGAGCAGAUUUUGAAGAGUUUUUGUAUUACAACUCGGUGCAGGCCCGAUUUUAAACUACUUCUGACCUGCUUUUGGUGUGCCGGCCUUUCAUGUUGCAGUUAAAAAUAUUUAAAUUAGGAAAGUAUUUUUCUUUUUAAUUUAGGUGCGAUAAAAUCUUAAAGGUAUGAUAACUGUAUGUUAUUAUCGAAUUUAACUGUGAUAGGCCAGGCCUUGAAUUAUUUAGCUGUCGUAAUAUUUUGACUUAUCAUUUAUAUUUUGAUACGUAUAAUACCAAUGUAUUACGAUUAUACAGUAUGAUUAUUACAGUCAGUCUAUUAAUAAAUUACAGUUCGUGAUUUUCAAAAUGCUGUGUGAUAACAGUAUACUAUUAGGAUAUUACUUUGGCUCAAGACUAAAAUAUCACUUGUUUAGAUCUUGUGACAUGCUGAAAUAAUUCGAAUAGAUAACCUAUAGCAAUAUGUAAUGUCUUUAGUAAGCACAAUUUUAAAUUUUAUGAAUAAUGGCACCAAAAAGAGGCCUUACCCAAAUUCACAGGUAGCUUGAUAUACAUAUUACAGCUUUGUUUGAAGUGAGGCGUAAAACGGAAUUAAGUGUGCCUGUCUAACAUUUUACUCAAAUCGUGUAGUAUGGAAAUGGAGAUAGAGAGAGAUGGCGCUAGAGACAAUUAUCACAGGCAGGGAAUUUCCGCUCAAUUUACCCUUAUUUAUCUUUUAUACUUUUGUUUGUAACGAAUAAAAUCAAAAACUAAUAGACCUUUUUUGGCGAAAUUUGGCACAGAGAUAGUAUAGACCUUCCAGAAAAACUUUCUUAAUUGCCACUUUUUCUUAAAAUUCCCUCGGAAUGGGAAUUUGAGUUAAAUGCGAGCUGAGGCUAACAGCAGUCUCUCAUACAUCUAACCACAGUAAGUUUCAGUUUACGCCUAGUUUUAAACGAAGCUUUCAAACUUGUUAUGUCAUUAGUCCAAUUUUAGAUUUUAUUGAAUUGUGAUCGACUUUAUGUAUAUUUGAGAUUAAAUAAAUCGUUAUUAUGAA